CCCUGCCCGCCCUAGUGGCGAGGGAGGCGGGGCCUGGCCACGGGGAAAAGGCCGGCGGGGCGGCUCCAUCAGCCGGUCAGCAUGAGUGGCCGAGUGGGCGACCUGAGUCCCAAGCAGCAGGAGGCGCUGACCAAGUUUCGAGAGAAUGUCCAGGACCUUCUGCCUGCCCUGCCCAGCCAAGAUGAUUACUUCCUGCUGCGCUGGCUCCGAGCCAGGAGCUUCGACCUGCAGAAGUCCGAGGCCAUGCUCCGUAAGCACGCGGAGUUCCGGAAGCAGAAGGACAUUGACAACAUCAUCAACUGGCAGCCGCCAGAGGUGAUCCAGCUCUACCUGUCGGGAGGCAUGUGCGGCUACGACCGCGACGGCUGCCCCGUGUGGUACGAUGUCAUCGGGCCGCUGGACGCCAGGGGGCUGCUGCUCUCGGCCACCAAGCAGGACCUGCUCAGGACCAAGAUGCGAGACUGCGAGCUGUUGCUGCGGGAGUGCCUCAGCCAGACUGACAAGAUGGGCAAGAAGGUGGAGACGGUGACCCUGAUCUAUGACUGUGAGGGGCUGGGCCUCAAGCAUCUCUGGAAGCCGGCGGUGGAGGCCUACGGAGAGUUUCUCUGCAUGUUUGAGGAAAACUACCCCGAGACACUGAAGCACCUUUUCAUCAUUAAAGCCCCCAAGCUGUUCCCCGUGGCCUACAACCUGGUCAAGCCCUUCCUGAGCGAGGACACCCGGAAGAAGAUCAUGGUACUGGGCGCCAACUGGAAGGAGGUUCUGCUGAAACACGUCAGCCCCGACCAGCUGCCCGUGGAGUACGGGGGCACCAUGAUGGACCCCGACGGAGACCCCAAGUGCAAGUCCAAGAUCAACUAUGGGGGCGACAUCCCCAAGAAGUACUACGUGCGCGACCAGGUGCAGCAGCAGUACGAGCACUCGGUGCACAUCUCGCGGGGGUCCUCGCACCAGGUGGAGUACGAGAUCCUCUUCCCCGGCUGCGUGCUCAGGUGGCAGUUUGCAUCCGACGGGGGGGACGUUGGUUUCGGCAUCUUCCUGAAGACGCGGCCGGGGGAACGGCAGCGGGCGGGGGAGAUGGCGGAGGUGCUGCCCAGCCAGCGCUACAACGCCCACCUGGUGCCCGAGGACGGCACGUUCACCUGCAACGAACCCGGCAUCUACGUGCUGCGCUUCGACAACACCUACAGCUUCAUGCACGCCAAGAAGGUCAGCUUCUCGGUGGAGGUGCUGCUGCCGGACAAGGCCUCGGAGGAGAAGCUGAGCCAGCUGGGGGCCAAGUAGCCGCCCG